AUGGCUGAUACACCGGGCGCGGGGCCGUCUCGUAGAGUCCGGCCCACUGCCGCAGACUAUCUCACAGAUGACGAAGGUGAAGACAUGGAGGGGGAUGAGCCCAUGAAUGUAGACCCCGAGCCGAUGGAUGUUGAUCAUGAUUGGAAUGCUCCCAUCCCCGGCGUCGCAGAUGGAGCUCAACCACAACACAAUGCCCCGCAGAAAGAGCAGGACCAGCCCCCACCUCGUAAACACAAAAAGUACCAUCGGCAGCCUGGCGAAAAGGCCGCGGUCCUCGAAGACGAGAACCUUAAGUUGGAAGGCGAGGAGGAGUCGGAGGACGGCGCACUACCUCUGCGCAUACUCACAAACUUCGUGAUCGUGGAGCAGGACGAGAAGCGCAUGCGGCCCAUUGAUCCUGAAAAGAAUAUCGUGCUGGAGGCAAUCGGAUAUGCGACUCGCGCUGUUGAACCUGACGAAGAUGCCGGGCAAGAAGACGAAGGCCAAGAUGACGAUGGUCCACUGGGUGUGCGUAUACGUACAACACGCUUGAUAUCAACUAGCUGCGAUUACUUGAACACAAGCAACAUAGAAAUCACUGUCAGGACCAAACACGCCUCUUACAUUCUGAGAACACCUGACGAGCAGUAUCGGGAAGUGUUUGCCGAACGAAUGCGCCUCAUCAACCUCACUGCUCUACUGCUGAGCCUUGGCCACGACCCAAUGAACGCGCCCGAGGUGGCAUCUCUGGACGAGUUCAAGGAGAAAGCCAGAUAUCUGGUUCUCGACGGCAAAGCCUGCACCAACUUGCACAUCAAAUCUGCUGCUUAUCAGAUCAAGAAGCUCUUGCCGCGGCUCGAAGUCACAGAAGAGGUCCGCUUGGCCAUUCGUAACCAUCCCAUCAUCAUCGAAGCUCUUCGCCUUCUCGAUUAUCCCCACGUCGGUUUCCAAGAGUCUGUACCCAUCGAGCACCGCCGCCUCCUGCCUCCCCGCCUCGAAAAGCUCACUUUGACAUACGACCCAAACGAUCCGCACGAUCUCACGCGCCUCAAGAUAGACAAGGACGUGAUGAAGCCUCACAAUCUGACCCAGAAUAUAGUCCUGCCACGCAUAGGUCGACUCACGAAGGGAUGGACGCACGAGCGCCUACGGCUUUUGGGUGGCGAGCUGGGGCCAAGGAGACGUCAGUGGGAUAAGGUUUUGUACCGCCAGGACCUCGAAGCGGCCAUACAGUGUGCAGGGAAGGCUCCUAAGGCAAAAGUGUUGGCCAACGUAGACGGCAAGUUGAUCAAGCCGGACAGAAGACCGAGCGCAAAGUGGAGGCAACCCUUCCGUGUACAUGGAGUGGUCUACAAUGUGGGUGACGCAGUUCUAUUCCCCAUCGACAAGGAUCUGCCAAAAGAGCUACCGGAGGACGCGCGAAUAGAACACUACUUCCGGUUUGGCAAGAUACUCUACGUGGACAUCAAGGAGGGCGAGUCUGUCCACAUCAUGUGGUACGAUCACAGCAGUCGUACCGCCUUGGGUCUCCCACCCGCCUCGGAUGAGCGCGAGCUGAUGCUCACAUCCCGAUGCGAGAGCGUCUGGGCCCGCGAACUGUGCGGCGUCGUACGCGUUCUUGAACCUGGCACUGGACUGGAACUCAAGGAUGGCAUCGUGUCGGACCAGAUCGACGCGCACUACUUCUGCCGGCUGUCUUACGAUCGAUCACGGCCCUCAUUCGCGGACCUUGCCCCGCUGCCUGAACUCGUUUCGAGCGAGAAUGACCCACGAGGGUGUCCCACCUGUAUAUGUGAUGAGGAGGAGGACAUCCAAGGGGAUCCACGAUACUCCGAACCCCGCGGUGUACCUACUGUGUUCUACAAAGGAGAGCAAUUCCACAAGGGCGACAACAUCCUCUUCACCAGCGGCGUCGAAGGUGAGAUCCCUGGUCCACCUGGAGUCGGCAGUCUCGGUCGCAUCGUGAAGUGGGAGAAGACGGAUAGAGGGCCGGUCGCUCAGGUCGCACAGUUCGUGAGGCAGGGACACUGCGAGUUCGAGGAUGCAGGGUUGGGAGACUUGGAUGUUGACGGUGUCAAGGACCCCCGUCAACUCUUCAGCACGACCUACGUGAUCUCCGUCUCAGCAGCUCGCAUAGUCCGCAAGAUCUACGUUCGACGUGUCGCCCAUUCCAGCUACAUCUGGACGCCAGCCAUGGGCGACAUCAAGAACUGGCUGGACGCCUCCCCGGACCACUUCAUAGUCAAAUGGCACUUUGAGAGCCUCGAGCCUACUGCUGAUGGCAGUCCGCCGAAGCUGAGGUGGUACUCGGAGAAGCGGCUCAUGGAGGACUUGAGCCACGACGAGCGUGCGGAGAUGGUCUGCAAGCCGUGCAGCAAGGCUAAGAGAAGGGAAUAUAAGCUUAGGAGCAGGUUUGCGGAGAGAAGGGAGCCGGUGAAGAUACUGGAUCUGUGCUCGGGGACGGGUGCAUUCAGUAUGGGUAUCAAGGAGGGGAUGGGGUGUAGAGCAGAGAUCAGGUAUGCGGUGGAGAUCUCACCGUCUGCGAUGGCAUCGUUCAAGAAGUAUUCACCUGGGACGACGGCGUUCAAUACCUGUAUCAACACCUUUGGCGAUUAUAUGUACAAGUACAACACCGGUACACUCGAUCCGAAUGAGGAGUGGCAGAAUCUCGACGGUACCGCAUUCGCCGUCCCGCCUGCUCCCGGUGAAAUCGACGCUAUCGUCGUUGGAUUGCCGUGUCAACCACACUCUAUCAUGAACCGCUUCAAGCACGACGACGACGCGAAGAGCAACCUCGUCUUCACGGUCCUAUCCAUCAUCGAACACCUCCAGCCGAAGCACAUAUUCUUCGAGAACGUUAGAGGGAUCAUGUCAUUUGCGUUAGCGCCUACGACGAACGUGAUCCCUGAGGGUCUCAAGCAUACAGGAUUGAACUUUCUGUGCGCGUGCCUCGCAGCUCUCGGAUACCAGUUCUCUUUCCAGCUCAUGAAUGCGGCGGGACAUGGGACUCCGCAGCACCGUAUACGUUGGUUCCUAAUGGCAGCCAAGAUCGGCGAGCCGUUGCCCAAGUUCCCCUUGCCGACACACUUUUACCCCGAUGCAGGCAAAGACGCGUCGUCGUUGUCUUUGCUCGUUCAUCCUGGCUCGAAGGACCCUGCGAGACCAUUGAAGCCGCGCAAAGGAGAGUAUUUGUACUCGCAUGUCAGUGUGCGGGAUGCGAUUGAGGAUCUGUGGGCGUUCGACAUGACCAACCCCGGCACCAUAGCUCGUCAACACAACAUCUCCCUCCCCUCCGAAACCCACCUCGACCCCGAACUGCGCCGCCUCCGCACGCACCGCUGCCGAGCGGACUGGAACCCCGGCGCGGACGAAAACGACGAUGUGUUGUACCUCUGUUGUCCUCGGGACGACUACCUCUCUCAAGCGCUCAACCGGCUCCAGCUCGAGGCGCGCGUGGAUCCGAGUGGUGAGGUUAGGCCCAGUGCGCUAGAGUUGCAGCAUUUUACGAAGUUUCUGGGCGAGGAGCACAGUGAGUUUAUCUGCAACAUCCCGAUGAACGAAAGGUCCAAACGGAACUACCUUGGGCUACCAAACGGCUUUCAGUCCCGCUCGCGCAUGCUGCACGACGCGACAUCGUCCAACGCACGGCGCGGGCAUAAGGGGAACUACUUUGCGCGCGCGGAUAAGGACGGGGUGUUCCAGACUACUGUGACGAAUAUCGGGCCAGCGGCUACGCAGAGCAAGUGUCUGCAUCCUUGGGCGUAUCGGGUAUUCACCGUGAGGGAGCUUGCGAGGUCGCAGGGGUUCCCAGACCGGUACAAGUUCGUUGCGCUCAAUAACGACAUUGUCACUAUGCAUCGGCAGAUCGGUAACGCGGUCCCAUGGCCGAUCGGACGCGCUCUUGGGCGCGAGUACGGAGAGGUGCUGUUCAGGCAAUGGUGUAAGGAGAACGGCCAUAAGAUCUAG